AUGCGCGGCGAGUCUGUACGUUCCAGUCCUAUAGACGGGUCAACCAACGUUUCUUCAUGCAUCCCAAUAGUGGGCACUUCACGCUACAGAUGUAAAUGUGUCAAACCAUUCCGCGAAGACGUUACUCUGGGCUACCAAAACUGCGCUGCGCGCUCAGGAGCUUGUGACUAUCUGAUAUGUGUGCAUGGCACUUGUUUGACCUCGCUCGACUACUCCUCUUCGGCCUGCAUUUGUGACCCCGGCUGGGAUGGUGAAAUAUGCGACAAAAGGGUAGGACUCUGGCUGCCUUUAACUACUUUAGAAGUCUAG